UCGCUUGUCGAUUGCUCGCCUACUUGUCGGUACAUGAACAAUCGAUAGCACCUGUCGCCGAUUAUUGUGAAUGGCAUCACAGAAACGUGCUGGACCUGUUUGUAUAAACACACUUUCAAGAUGGAAUUAAUGCAUGGCGCAUCGAUGCUCUCCCGGCCCGCGGAUGAGUUCGGCAACGAUUCCAUGGUCGAGGAAAUGUGGGCGGCAAAAGCGCUUGAACAUGCGGAGGUGCACUUCAAUUUGCUGACCAGUGUGCAUCCCUCGCAGCUGCGUUUGACGCCCUACGAUGAUCAAAUCUAUGCCACAUUUCGUCAAGAUUUUCCUGAUUUGCAAGUUGGCCGGCUUAGCGAUGAUGUGCUUAAAUCCGCCAGCGAAAAGCUCAAAUGGCGUCAAUUUGCUGAAAAAUUUAACAAGAUGGAAGACUACUCAUACGGCACAUUAAUGCGAGCGGAUGCCAGCAAGGAAUUCUCACCUGACAACUCGAUAUUUGUGUUUCGUGUCCAAUUUUUGGCCAUUGAAAUAGCGCGCAAUCGCGAAGGCGCCAACGAUGAGAUCCACAACGCGAACAGACCCGUCAAAAAACAGCCACAGAGCGAAGCUGCACCAGCGCAAUGAUGCAGCAGCAUUUUAUAAUUAUAUUAGUUUAGUUUAUCAACACGCACUUGUUGCACUUUAUGUGUAAAAUUGCAACGAAAGCUGCUGGCGCAGCCAACACAACUUAACGAAGCUUUUAGGCGUUGCCAACUUCACAAUGAAGAAGCCUUAGCCGCGUUGUCAACUUCACAGCAUUUAAAUUGAGUGACAAAAUGAAAGAAUUAUGUUUGAAAUUUCAUAAUGCAAUAAAAUAAUUUAUAAAAUACGACUUUGGAACUAUAA